CUCUCAGCUAUCCCCCACACACACUAGUCUGUCUGUAUGGAAAUGUUGCUUUUCAGUACCUGGGUCCUGAUGCCUUUCUUGAUCUUGCUUGUCUCUCCAGUAGCAGGAGAGGAGCUAUUUGAGGUGACAAUGUGGCCAGAGUGGCCUGUGGUUGAGGCUGGCAAGGCCCUGUGGAUCAACUGUAGCACCAACUGUACAUACCCUGGAAAAGGAGGCAUUGAGACCCGUAACAUAAAUACAACCAUGAAGAAAGAAGGGACUCACUGGAAGAUGUUUUACUUAUCAAAUAUAUCUCAGAAUACUGAUAUCUUUUGUUACUUCAUCUGCUCUGGGAUUCAAAAGAAGAAGUCUGUCCGUGUCAUCGUGUACCGGCCACCAGAGCAGGUGACAUUGAUCCUGCAGCCUGCUUGGGUGAUUCUGGGUAGUAAUUUCACCUUGACAUGCCACGUGCCUAAUGUGGUCCCGCUGGAGAACCUCACACUGACUCUGCUCCAGGGCACCGAGAAGUUACACCGACAGACCUUUAUGACUGUGUCUGAAGUUCUGCAGGAUGCCUGGCUCACUCUCAACAUCACUGCUCAAAGGGAAUAUAGUAAGAGUAACUUCUCUUGCCUGGCAGAACUGGAUCUCAGACCACACGGCGAGCAGUUCUCUGCCAGCUCGGACCCCAAGAUGCUGGAGAUAUUUGAACCUUCCUGGAACAACCAGAUGCUCGUCAUCAUCAUCAUCACAAUUCUGCUGCUGCUGGUGUUUGUGAUCUCAGUCUGCCUGUGUUUUGCUUAUGGACACCACUGGCGUCAACAUCGAACAGGGGGAUAUGGGGUACUUGCUGCCUGGAGGAACCACAGAAUCAGACGCUCAUGAUCCAAAGUGACUAUAAGGACCAGAGGGAUGCUGUCAUGGUGCAUCUACAACCUCUUCAUAGCUUAGGGAGUGGUGAGAAACAAAAGGCUGUGUGUGUGUGUGUGUGUGUGUGUGUGUGUGAUGGGAAAGAUCCAUUUUUCCCAGAAAGGCCUUGGGAAAAUAUAUUCUGUUGGUCUUAAUCCAAACUCCUGGCCUUGACAAUGGCUUAAUUGUUUUCUUUAGAGAUCAAAAUCUAUGCAAGGGACAUAGAAACACACUUGUUGGAUUUAACUCUCCUCUCCUUAGUUGCCCAAACCAGACCCUCUCACCAUUCCCCACCCACCCCAUCCUGGAUUCUCCACUUCCAUGACUCCAUUCUCAGGGCCACAUAUUGUCCUUGCUGACUCUUUUGGGGCUGAGGGAAUAAAGGAAGGCAGAGGGAAGUCACUAAGAGCCUGGCAUCAGGAAGAAUCAGGAUGAAGCUGUCACUGUAGUCACAACUGAGUCAGCACAGCUAUCUCUGUGGAUAACCCCCAACCUUGUUGCCCUUAAUCUUCUCCUCCCUGCCCCAUAUCCCUUCAUCACAGGUCAGAGAAAUGUCCAGGCAGACAUCCUGCUUACAGCAAGGUCUGCCAGUAGCAAUUCCCUCUGGGAUUUGAUCUUACCCUCUGAUUUCCUGAGAUGGACCUUGAAAAUUAGGAUGAAGGGAAGGGAGGAGAGGGCAAAAUUCCAGGAUUUCUACCGUCCUCACUCCUAAGUCUCCUCAUGCCUCUUCCCUGGCCCUCUGUUAUUCCCACUGAUCUUUUCCAAAGUUGCUCUGGAGGCCUGGUCAAUAUCAAUAUCAACUCGAUAACAAGUCCCCUCUCCCCUCCCCCACACCAUGCUCAAUCAGUCCCAAUCCCUUCCACAACGUUCUCCCAAUGUAAGACAGAGAGGCAAAAAGUACUGAAUUUAUAGCCAGAGGACCUUGGUUCGGGUGAUCUAUUUAUUAUCUGUGCAAUUUUGAACAAGUCAGUUCUCCCUUCUGGACCUCUGUUUCUUCAUCUGAAAAGUACAAGGAUUAGAUGAGGUCUAUAAAAUCCCUCCCACCUUUAAAUAUUAUAGUAGCAAAGGAGAACCUCACAGGGAAGGCUACAGUGGUAAAACUAACCAGUCUAUCUGGGGUGAGGGGUGGGAAGUAACACUGCCCAAGAGAUAUGUGGGGUUGAAGAGGGUGGAGAGGAGAGGAGAGCUGUAACAUAGCAGGGAGAGAAAUAGAGGGGAGAGAGGAAGGAGCCCUGAUGUCUGCUCCCUGGCUCUUUAUUUCUACCCUAAUUCCUUAAAACACUGGACUCAGAAGUCAGGAUUACUCUUUUUUGGUUUGUUUGGUUUGUUUUGUUUUUGUGGGGCAAUGAGGGUUAAGUGACUUGCCCAGGGUCACACACCCAGAAAGUGUCAAGUGUCUGAGGCCAAAUUUGAACUCAGGUCCUCCUGAAUCCAGGACUGGUACUUUAUCCACUGUGACACCUAGCUGCCCCCGAAAUCAGGAUUACUCUUAUCACGGAAUCUCAUCCAGUGGGGAGCUUCCAUGUGGAGGUGACUGAGGUACUUUGGAUGAGACUUUAGAACUGAGAAGGCUGAGGACUGCAGGGAGCAUGACAGAUACAAGCAGGAGGCAUGGCGCUAGGGGGAAAGGAGAAGUAGAGGGUGUGGCUCUUGGACCCACAAAUCGCCUUGUCUGUAGCUGCCCAAGCUGGGAGAUUGUAGAACACGUGACUCUCCUACUGUGUAGCCAGAGAAGCCAGUCCACCAGGGGUAGUGUCACAAUUGUCCCUCUGCCACAUCGUAGUAGUCUGAGGAAAAAGUAACCCUCUUGGUAUGGGAAAAAGAGAAGGGUCAGAGAAGUCUACAGCUGGAUUGUGGGUAGAGAAGGGGACCUAUAUGGGCAACCAGCUAGUAAGAAAUAAAGGGAAUAGGGGGGCGGCUAGGUGGCGCAGUGGAUAAAGCACUGACCCUGGAUUCAGAAGUACCUGAGUUCAAAUCCGACCUCAGACACUUGACAUUUACUAGCUGUGUGACCCUGGGCAAGUCACUUAACCCCCAUUGCCCCGCAAAAAACAAAAUAAACCCAAAGAAAUAAAGGGAACAUAUGAGUAGAAUGGAAUAAAGCUCCCUUUCAGCAUGCAGUUAUAUUAUCAAGUUGAUAACCACAACCAUAUUGAGGAUAGGAAGAGUGUGUUUGGUGGACCACAAAUACUUCCCCUGAGGCUUAAAGCCAGGUUUUUUUCCUGCUCUUUCUUGUUCCCAGUCCUGCUCUUCCCAACCUUGCCACAUGGAGAGGGGUAGAGGGUUGAAAAGUAAGUUGGGGUAGAGCCCUACCUGAGGCAGGUGGUACAUCAGCACCUACUGUCCCUGUGGCACUGGGAGGUGGGGGUGGGGGUACUCCUCUCCUGGAUUAAGGGACAGCAAAGACAAAGACUGGUCAGGAAGUAGUGGAGAUUCAACUUUACAAUCUGUUCUUGCCAAUCCCUACCCCCAGAACACUUUUACAGAUCCAAUUCCAUCACUUUCCCUUUAUAGCAUCAUUCAUGCCCCUUCCCCUCAAACUUCAAUCAUAUACCCUACAACCUGGCAGAUGGGGUGAUCUGUGAAUCUUGAGGGAGAUUCCUAAUCUCUGACAUCUCCGGGAGCCAUGACUGACGUGGGUCUGGCACUGGACAAGGAAGCAGAGGGACUGGGACUGGGGCUGGGGCUGACCAAGGCAGGUAAUGGUGGUGAAACACUAGCAUCUCCUCCUCUUCCUCCUCUCCUUCUUCAUCUUGCAGGUGUAGCAUGUUGACCUGAGGAGUGAGGGAAGAAGGGAUGUUCAAUCAGAUUUCUACCAAGCAAAGGUUUCCUUCCUUAUUUCCCUUUUCCCUCCAAUCCCUCUUUUCUGCUCCAAGACCCUAAUGUUCCAACCAUUAGCCUCCAGUCCUCUCUGUGACUGCCCCCCCCCAUGUUUAGACCCUACUUCUACCCAAAUCUCAUUCUCAAGUGAAGUCCUAUCUAAACCAAGCCAACCUCUCCCAACAACAGAGGAAAAUAAAGCACAGUCCUGGUGGGUAGAGAAAAACAAACCCCAUUCACCCUUUUCCCUCCUUUCUCUGCCUUUUUCAGGAGAGAAUGAUCAAGGAAUGGUUUGAUUGCUCACUCCUAUCAGUAAAAAUCUUUGGUGUAUGUAUCCCCAAUAUGUAUAUAUUUGCUUAUUUAUAAAUUAUAUAUACUAUUAUAUUAAAAUUAUGUACAUAAUAAAACUUACGCCAAAA